UGCUGCGCUCCUUCACACUCUCUCUGCAUAUAUGACAUGAAUCGCUGUUUUACUGCAGUAUUUUCUCUGGCUGGAACUUGAAAGACGUCGACGUGGGACGUGGAUAUGGAGAGGGAGUAAAGAAACCGGAUUGUCCUCCUUAUUCUGGAAUUGGACGUAAAUGACAUUCGCUCCGGUUCAGUCGCACGGUUACGGAUGCAGAACUAAAUCGGAUCGCGCAUUCAGGUCCGGGGGAGUAACGGGCAGGUGCGCUUUGGUGUCGACGGCUGCGCGGAGAGACCGGGCUGCUGGAUCAGGACCAAGAUAAGGACUAGGAUCAGGACGAGGAUCGAGACGGUACGGUGUAUGGACUGUGCGUCAUGCGGACUCGGAUGUCGCGCAGCAAAAGUCAUUAAAAACCUGAAGGCUGGAUCUGGCGGAACCGCGGUCAUGGGAUCUGCUCUGCGACAUCGCUGGGUGGUGGUCCAACUCCUGAUGCAGGUGUGGCUGGCAGCAAAUCCAUCUCUGAGUGAGCGCCCAUGCCCCAAAAGCUGUCGCUGUGAUGGAAAAAUUGUUUACUGUGAGUCAAGCGCAUUUCGUGAUGUUCCCAAGAACCUCUCUGGAGGCUGUGAAGGUCUGUCUCUACGAUACAACAGCCUGGCCAUUCUUCGUGCUGGACAGUUUGUAGGACUCAACCACCUCAUAUGGCUCUACUUGGACCACAAUUACAUUGCCACCGUGGAUGGAAUGGCUUUCCAAGGAGUCCGGAGGCUUAAAGAGCUGAUCCUGAGCUCUAACAAGAUCACAUCACUUCACAACACCACAUUCCACCCAGUCCCUAAUUUGCGUAAUCUUGACCUGUCAUACAACAAGCUGCAAGCUUUGCAGCCUGGGCAGUUUCAGGGUUUACGGAAGCUUCUCAGCCUCCACAUACGUUCAAACUCUCUAAAAGUCAUCCCAAUGCGUCUAUUCCAAGAUUGCAGAAAUCUUGAGUUCCUGGAUUUGGGUUACAAUCGCCUGCGCAGUAUCACUCGGAAUGCAUUCUCAGGCCUGGUUAAGCUCACUGAGUUGCAUCUGGAGCAUAACCAGUUCUCAAAAAUCAAUUUCUCUCAUUUUCCUCGGCUUUACAACCUGCGGGCACUUUAUCUGCAGUGGAACCGCAUUCGCUCACUGAACCAGGGCUUGACUUGGACUUGGGCCUCAAUCCAAAAACUGGAUCUUUCUGGGAAUGAUCUGACAGAGGCAGAUGCUGUAGUUUACCAAUGCUUACCCAACCUGCAGACACUUAACCUGGACUCCAAUAAGCUGACAAAUAUUUCCCAAGAGGUGGUUGAUGCUUGGAUCUCUUUGACGACCAUCAGUUUAGCUGGAAACGUAUGGGACUGUGGCACUUCCAUCUGUCCUCUGGUUACCUGGCUGAAAAACUUCAGAGGCGCAAAGGAGACCACUAUGAUCUGUGCCUCUCCCAAGAAAGCCCAGGGGGAGAAAGUGAUGGAUGCUGUUGAAGCUUUUGAUGUUUGUCACUCAAGCCCACUGACAACACUCACUGUGAGUCCUGCUCCAGCCCCAUCUAAUCUCCCUGUACAGACAGACUUUCACUCAGCCAUUCCUGCAUCACCUACUGGUUCUGGAAAGAGGAGAGAGGGAACCAUUGGAGCCCCCACAUCAUCGGUAGUUACCCCACCUGUGGCACUUCCACCAGAGCAGGACUUGGAGCCUGUGUCCUUCCAUAAGAUUGUUGCUGGAAGUGUUGCUCUUUUUCUAUCUGUUGCAAUGAUCCUGUUGGUGAUCUAUGUGUCUUGGAAGCGCUAUCCUAGCAGUGUCAAGCAGUUGCAGGAGCAUUCAGCGGCUGUUCGCAAGCACCGCAAGAAAGUCAGAGAGACAGAGCGCACGCUGAGCUCUCCGCUGCAGGAGUAUUAUGUGGACUACAAGCCCACCAACUCUGAGGCCAUGGACGUGCUUGUGAACGGGACAGGACCCUGCACCUACACUAUCUCAGGCUCCCGAGAAUGCGAGGUAUGACCCACACCCUUACCAGAAAAGCUCUGUCCACUGCUUUGUUAGUCAGCCACUGUUGUCAUUUCCCUUACGCAGUAGGUUGGUAAAUAAAGUGAACGUUGGGACCAUCGAUUA